AUUUAUUCACUUACUUUUGGUGCAGAAUAGUUAGAAAUGCCAGGUUUCCUUUUUAUAAAUGGAACUUCAAGCUGUUUUCAUUGUCGGAAGCAGGGUUGGAAAAAGUCUACACGUUAUUUCUGUUCAGUUGGUCCUAAACGAAGGUAUUCUGGAUGUCAAGUAACUCUUUCAGCAACAUCUUCGUCCAGUAGUAGACCAGACCACGUAGACUCUCCAACAAUAUCAACUCAUAAAGAACCAAACUUGUCAAGUCAACAGUUUGUGGCACCUCCUGAAGACUUUCAUAGUGCUGUAAGAGCAGCAUUUCAGUCUGCACAGUGUGCAAGAGAAAAGGGACAUCGAUUGAUCGAAAUUGAGUUUCCUGCUUUAUCUACUAUGAGACUAUCCAGUGCUGAUUGUGGAGCGUAUGAAGUAUUUGACGCUAAUAGAUAUCAUGCAGUUCAGUUGGCCAAAUUGUUUGCUAGUAGCGGUGACCAAGUAGCUAUAUGUUUACCAGACAUAGUAGAAUAUGAAAGAGUCUUAGAAAAGAAUGGAGACGAACCAUGGAUGUAUUCUAAUAUACGAUGGAGUGUCAUUCAGUCAUCUUAUGCAGGUAAUCCCAUUACCUCGAUUUGGGUUAAGAGAAAGAAAAUAGAGCCGUUGCAACCACAAGACACUGUUUGUAUUAUAGUUGGUGUUUCUUGUCAAGAGUUGACUGCAGUAGAAAAACUGAUUGAAACAGACAAUCAUUCGACCACUUUUGUACUAUUGAAUGUGGAAUUGGAUAAACUUCGAAGUGACUUGGGGUUGUUGGGGUUUCCAUCCAAGUCAUUACAGUAUCGCUUUUUAUGCCAAUUCUUAUCAGCUUAUUAUUGGAGAAAUAGAAGUUUUGUACGAUUUCUAUCUCAACCACCUUUUGUACUCAAAUACGAAGGUGCAUUAUUCCGUGCGUAUCCUGAACCGUGGCAAGUGUUAUUACAAACAGGUGAUGAAUUGCAGCGCUAUAGACAAGUUGCUUGUCUGCAAAGGAGACCUACUGGAGUCCAAUUUCGUAAAAUGGUAACUCAAGCACUUGUAGUAGAAGACGCUAUAAAAGAACAAAUAUCCAAAGAUGAAAACAAAGGAAAAGAUGUGUGGUGGGAACAAGAUGAAAAGCAUUCCAUAUCUCAGACAUGGAAAUAUUGAGUCCGAUGUUUUAUAAAAAUUGUUUUUCGAUC